AUGAUGGUGCUUUGUUUUCUGAGCAGAACAUUGCAACUAGCAAGACAUUCAUCCAGUCCACUGGGGAGACUACUCUCUUCUGCCAGCGCAAAUAAGCCAGUGUUGACUUUAUUCACCAAGAAACCAUGCCCUCUAUGUGAUGAAGCAAAAGAAGUGCUUGAGCCAUAUAAGAGAAGGUUUAUUUUGCAGGAGGUGGAUAUUACCCUUCCAGAGAACUCAGCGUGGUAUGAUAAAUACAGAUAUGAUAUACCUGUUUUUCAUUUAAAUGGGAAAUUCCUAAUGAAGCAUCAAGUAGACAUUCAAAAGUUUGAGGACCAGCUUAUGAAGCUGGAGUUGGAAAAUGAUGGAAAUCAGUGA